AAACGACCCCGUGUGUACCCUUGCGGCUCGCGGUCUUCAUUCGGGUCAUAGCGCAGUACAGUUGAGAUCUCCCCCCGUUGCCGUCUCCGAUGCGCGUUCAGUCCGCGGCCAGUGCUCAGGCCUUGCUGCAGGACAACGCCAACUGCGUAGCCCACGUACUGCAGAGCAACUACUUCAGUCGCACGGCCUCACCUUCGGUCUCUGCCAGUUGGGAGCGUGCAGCCUCGCGCCCGCCUAUCAAUGUCAGCCCUUACGUCCACACGCGCGACAGCGGCGGUCGCCGUCGCUCCACGGCUGCGAGCUGCCAGGCCGUCAUCGGUACACUGCAGGACGCCAUGCGCGCACUGCACGCCGACGACACCAGCAGCUUCCGCCGCGUCGAGAGCGAGCUUUUCACUGCGGACCUUCUUCUUGACGCUCGCGUGCUUGACUCCCUUGUGCCACGCACCAAAGAAACGCCGUACCGCUACGUCGGACUUAAACACGUCAAAUACCGGUCCCUCCUCGACGAACGCCACGCCGAAGAAUUCCUACUCAUGGAAACAGUUGGACGCGGCGUGCACCCCGUUUCGGGCAACAAGUUCGUCUUUAAGAUGCUGCGCUCCGUGGACGUCCCCGAACGAGAGUUCGAGAUGAGGAGUGCCAAUAGUCACCACGCGCAACUACAGGUACAUCGCGGCGCCAUCCACGCGAUGCUGCUGGUACUGGCCGAGACCAGUCAUCGUGGGAUCCUCAAGAUGCAGUUGUGGCUGGACGUUGAACUGACCAAGUGCGCCGAGCCUUUUUACGGCGCGUUCUCCAGUCUGCACGACGCCUACAGUUUGUCGAUCCGGUAUCGACAGCUGGUUGAGAACUACGCCGCUACAAGCGGAGACGCGGCUAUCGCCGCGUCAACUAAAACGUCUCGGUUUGGUCUCCUCACGUCGCGGUCGAACCGCGAACGCAAAUGCCAGACCUGUCAGCGUGCUCUUGGGUUCUUCUCCAGGAAGAAGAAACACCUGUGUAAUGUGUGUGGAAUCUUUGUGUGCUCUUCGUGUUUGUCCACUACGUCGUUCCAGAGCUGGAAGCUCUGCGGCUUGUGCUACCAGCGCAACAAGCGCCUGGUCAACCGGACGCGUGUGUCCAAGAUGUCUUCGCUUGCGUCUGGUCUGGGAGGGACUUUGCAAUACAUUACGCGUAUUGGACGUAGCUACAGCAGACAGAGGGACUCGAUAUUAUUCGCGACGGCCGAGGCUGCCGGUGAGCUGCCUCCGAACCCAAUGCAGGACACUAAGCAACGGCCGAACGAGCGCUUCGCAACACGCGAAACGGUGCGGAGACGCCGUAUCGAGGACGACGAGAUGCUGUUUGACCACGACACCAAGCCGCUCGCCAGGAGUGUUAUCGGUGUUCGUCGUGCUGUGCGUAGCAGUGGGAACAUGGAGCCCCAUCCAGAUUUCGGCGCGACGGUGGGCGUCGGCCGGCCGCUGCCUGCUCGUACCAAUCUGAGUAUGAGUCAAGGACCUGGUGGGCGGAAGAACAGCUUUAGCCACUCAUUGUUGCACAGAGGCAAGGGCUCGUACGAUCCGAACGAGGACAUGACCAGAGAGCUUAGUGCGUCGUUCUUUGACGGCACGAAUGGGUCAUUUCGUACUAGCGAGCUAAGCAACAGCCGCGUCCAGAUCAGCAGAAGUAGCAGCUUCGCCGACCAGAAGCUUGACUCCAACAGCACCAGGAGCUCCGGCAGCGGUGAACGUCAGGACAGUCCCACUCCGGAGCCAGACAUCCAGCGCGUGGGCCCCCAACGUGUGCCAGCCCCCGCCCCACCUAAACAGGUUGAACAGCCGCGGAACUACCCACCGCGCCGAUCGAACCAAAUGUACCGCGUGCACAGCGGUCGCAUCAGUAAUUCGUCGCGCAGCAGUUCUUCGUCGUCCUCUCGUCGCAGCUCGUCGUCUUCUUCUUCGCGUCGCAGUGCCUUUAAGGGCUGGGCGUCGGCUUCUGCUGGACCACGUAUGACAUCCGGAAAGACUAGCUCUUCUUCAAGAAGGAAGGCAAAGUUCGCGGACCAGCAGGACAACCACGUGCCGUCUGAUUGGCGCUAUGACGACUUCGGUGUUCCCGUCAAGCGCGGACGCAAGACGUCCAACCUGUCGGACCACGGCGAUCAGCCCCAGCACGGCCGCGCCUACGAGUGGAUUUAA